UUGUUUACAAAGACUGAAGGGUCAAAAUUGAUAGUGAUUCAUAGCACAGAUGCACAAAUUUUAAAAUGCACGGGUUCAGAAUGAAAGAAAGCUCAAAGCAAAUGUGAAAAACAAAGUUCAAAACAUUGUGAAAAUAUAUGAGAACAAUAUUUUCGCUCUUGGAUGCAGCUGUGCAUGUCGACCAGGGUCCGUUUCCUCCAUCCCUCUGUGAACUAGCUCAGGCCUAACUGAGUCCAGUUUCCAGUGUCUGCUUCUUCAGCCGAAAUAUCCUGAUUCCUGCUCCAUGAAGCUGGGUUAGUGCCUGAAAGCAUCAGCAUGGAAAUGUUGAAAAUAGAGCAAGUAAUUGUUGGAAGUGAGAUGAGAUCCACCUCAACGGAGAUCAAGUCUGAGCCCGCGGACGUCCCUCUGCAGUCCUAUCAGCAUGAGAGUCUACAGUGUUUUCAGUGCUUCAUCACCUUCUGUAACGCCAAAGCCAAGGAGAGACAUAUGAGGAAGAGUCAUCGGGACCAGUACAAACAGCAGCUGCAGCAGACUAAUACACUCUUCACUUGCUACAAGUGUGACAAGUGCUUCUCCUCCUCUGAUGAGCUCAGCCAGCACCAGGCCACCCACAGCAGAGAGGAGAAACCCUUCCGCUGUGCUUACUGCUGCAAAAACUUCUUCACCUUCACCGAGCUGAACAAACACAGACGACAUGAGUGCAUUGAACGACGAUGUCCAUGCAGGGACUGUGGUGCGUUGUUUCCUAGUCCCUCACGACUUCGCAACCAUCGCAUUGCGGUGCACCCACAGCGCCCAGUAGUGGCAGAUGACAUUAACACUUACCAAUGCUGCAAAUGUGGUUGUGGCUUCCAGACAGAAGAAGAGCUCCUGAAGCACCAGGAGAAAUUUGCUGGUGAUCUAAAUUGUGAUGUAAAACCGCAGGGCAAAAGACGUGGCCGUAAACCCAAGUAUGCGGCCCAAACAGAGGUGGCUGAUAUCAAGAAGAUCAAGCAAGAAGAGGACACAGAGGAAAGCACAGGAUGUGGUGAUUCUAUAACAGAGGGAUGCCCCUCCAACGAUCUGCAAACUGAGCUCAAGAUUCCUUGUCCUGAAGCCAACUGUGACCUCCUAUUUCCGUCUGUUGCAGCCCUGCGGGCACACAAAAGGGACAUCCAUGGGCCUCCCACUCGCAAGGCUCACACAUGCACAGAGUGUGAUGAGAGUUAUGCUCGGUCUGAGCAGCUGAAAGCACACAUGGCCAGGGCUCACUGGUCUGAAUACACCUGCCCCACCAGUGGAAACAGCUUUGAACAGGAGAGCAUGCUAAAGACCCAUCAGAACACCCACACUGAAGGAGAGGAGGUAGCGGAACAAAGAUAAUGUUUGAGGGAAAAAAGACUGCAACUUCAUCCUACAUCAUUCAUUUAUACAGCUGUCAGAUUAUUUCUGUAACAUUCUCCUUAGUGUAGGUAGAUUUUUAUGUGAAACUUUUAGGGUGAGAGCUUUAGAAUCACGGUUAUGCAACACAGUUGAAUUAUGGAGGAUCUGUAAAUAAUUAUGACUUAUGUCUAUUGCAAGCUCAUGUCACAAGGGCCUUUUUGCUGUUUGUAUUACCUCUAUUGUACAUGAAAUGUUUUAUAUUCAUACUCACUGUAGAGUCCCUCACAUGUGGGAAUGUUUCAUAUUUAACUGUACUAUUUUAUUUUCAGGAAGACACAUAAUGGUGACAAUUACAUGAAGAAUGUAUUGUCCUAAACAGAAUAAAAUCCAAACUUUGUUAAAUGUGCCAAGGUAUAGGUUACUGUACUAUGGGACUUUAUGGUGAAAUACUUAAAUUACUCUUUUACUCCAAAGUAAGUAGUUGUUGAAUUAAACAGCACUUACAUUUCUGUGCUAUCUUUGGUGGUCACCUUGUGUGAGUGUGUGUAUGAGUGGGUGAAUCAGAGGCAACAUUUAAAGUGAUGUAUUGGAAAAAAAAAUCACAGGUAAUAGUUGGUUACUAUUACCUGUGCAGUCAGUGAUGCCAUGGAAUAUUCCAUGAGAGAUUGUUUUUGUUCUCUAAAGAAUAAAAAUACUUUACAUUCAA